CGGUUCUGAACAAAUAUCCGAUUAAAACCGAACCAUUUGGCGCCCGAAGUCGCCAACGAGGGCCCGGGAUGGGCAUAAGCAGGCAGCUCUGGGUUCCGGAUCGCGUAAAUUUACCGGGAAUCACCUGUUCGAAAAAUGGCGGAAGAUGACGAAGGUCCGCCGGAGGCAGUCGAGAUUGUCAAAGUCGUUAAUCGGAGUGCGGAGGUGUCUGCCUCAGGGGUUCAAUCUCUUCCGGAUGAUGUUACGAGCUCGGUUGGGGUGACCGUAAUUACUGGCUACCUCGGUGCCGGUAAAUCGACGCUGGUUAAUUAUGUACUCAACGCCCAACAUGGUAAGAAGAUUGCAGUGAUUUUGAAUGAGUUUGGUGAAGAGAUUGGUGUUGAAAGAGCAAUGAUUAAUGAAGGAGAAGACGGCAGUUUAGUUGAAGAAUGGGUAGAACUUGGCAAUGGCUGCGUUUGCUGCACGGUCAAACACAGCUUGGUUCAGGCCCUGGAGCAACUGGUUCAAAGGAAGCAGAAGCUUGAUCACAUACUGUUGGAGACCACAGGCUUGGCUAAUCCUGCUUCAAUUGCAUCUGUGCUUUGGCUGGAUGACCAACUUGAAUCAUCUGUUAGGCUAGACUCCAUCAUUACCGUUGUUGAUGCAAGAAACCUGCGGUUGCAGCUCGAUGAGUAUAAUAAGUCACGGGCUUUUCCUGAAGCAUUUCUUCAAAUUGCUUUUGCGGAUGUUGUAAUUCUUAACAAGGUUGACCUAGUCUCUGAGGAGAAUGUUGGGAUUAUAAGUUCAAAUGUGAUUGAGGACUUGGAGAAGGAGAUUUCUACUAUCAAUUCAAUUGCUUGUGUAGUGCGGACAGUUCAUUGCCAAGUUGACCUCAAUUAUAUCUUUGAUUGCAAGGCCUACAAUGAUAUGCAUGUGGCUCAUCUGGAAGCGCUGUUGGAAAAAGCCAGAGAUGAUUCUAGUAGUGCCCAUGACUUUGAAGUAAAAACCUUAUGCAUUUGCGAAGAAGGAUCAGUUGAUUUAAAUCAGGUCCGAUUGUGGAUGGAGGACAUUCUGUGGGAAAAAAGACAUGAGAUGGAUAUCUAUCGUUGCAAAGGGAUAUUAAAUGUCCAUGGAUCUGAACGACUGCAUACACUGCAGGCUGUCAGGGAUCUAUAUGAGAUUGUUCCAGCAAGAAGAUGGGAGCAUGGACAGACCAGGUCAAACAAAAUAGUAUUCAUAGGUCGAAGAUUGGAUGAAGAUGUUCUUAGGACAUCUUUGAAGAGUUGUCUCUUACCAGUGAUGUAGGGUUUGUUUUUCAUACACAGCAAGGUUAGUCAUGUGACUUGCUGACAAAUUUGAAUGGGAUAUUACUGGACCCUACAGGGACGAGGGAGUAAUUCUUUAGAAUGAGAUCUCACAACCCAAAUGAAGACUUCAACCAUAUCUUCUAAGACAUCAAUCUUUGUCAUUUGUUUGUUGGAUCUUUGGGAUAAUUGAUCAGGAAAGGGGAUAAUAUUUGAGGAAAUGAUAAUUCUUUCUCAGCACGUCGGUUUUAGAUGCUUUAAGAACACAUUCUUUCACCAUUAGCUUUUAAGGGAGAGUUUGGGUUUCAUUUUUAAAUGGUAUUUCAGAAGAUCUGAAAAAUAUCUCAGUAUGUAUGAUAUGUAAUUCAUCUUCA